AGCGUUGCAAAUCGCCGCUGUUUGCAAGCCCGGAAGGGAAGCCUUGCAGUUUGCACCGCGUGGCUUCCGCCCUUGCUUCUCCUCCUUGCAAAUCCGAGGAGGAGGAGGAGGAGACGGUGGGGAAAAGCGGGCUGGGAUGGUUUUCCUAACGGCCAGCCUUUGGGUCCGGGCCCGUUUGACCGAUCGCUUUUGGCGGAAGCAGGAGGUGCUGAAGCAUGCACGGGUAAGAACUGGGGAUCGGUGCCCUGCUCCCCCCUCCCCAUAACGCCCACCCUAUUGCCCUCCCCAGCUCCUUUGCCCUUUUGCAGCCUGUUUCCUCGCUGCCCACGUGAAUCCAUUCAUUUACUAGCUUCUGCGGUGGGUAGGCCUGCUUCCUGGUCUGUGUUCCGAGUAAGCCCUGCUCCCAGUAGACCCGUCGAAAUUAACGGGAGUGUCGGAAGGUCCCUGGGGGGGUGACCUUGGGCCGAGCCUCUAAGCCGAGCCGUCCUCGCAGGACUGUUUUAGGGGCUGAAAUAAUAACAAUUAAUAAUAAUAACAACAACAACAACAACAAACAAACAAACAACUUUAUUAUUAUUAUUAUUAUUAGCAUUAGCAUUGGAGGCAGUCCUCUCUUUUGUCUGCUUAGUUCACUUUGCAAGAAGCACCAGAUAAUAUAGGACAUUGUAAUAUCUUUUCUUUUUUUUAAUUCUUCAGUGUGUUUGCCUAUUUAUUUCACUCAUUGCAUGGUGUUGUCAUUCUUCUUGAGUCCUCAAUAUUUCUUCCACCAGUCCCUUCUCUAUUGAAAAGAUCUGAGAUGGUCAAAAAAAGGAUGUAGGAGAUUAGCAACACAUACUAAAACUUCCUUUUCCAAGGCGGUUUUUGGGUGGAGGUAAUUUAUUUUAAUGCACUUUGCAUUGACAUUGAAUUUGACAUUGUUUUUUUCUUUAAAAUAAUAAUAACACAUGGGCGGGCGGUAUCCAAUUCUAGUCCUUACUCACAGAAGACCCACUGUAGUUAAUAUUAUUAUGCUUUAUAUUUAUUGGUCAACUUGCUCAAAAAAAGUCACCCAAAGCAACGUAGAAGCACCAUUUAAAUACAGUGGUACCUGGGGUUAAGUACUUACCGUAUUUUUCGCCCUAUAGGACGCACUUUUUCCCCUCCAAAAAUGAAGGGGAAAUGUGUGUGCGUCCUAUGGGGCGAAUGCAGGCUUUCGCUGAAUCCUGGAGAGCGAGAGGGGUCGGGGCGCACUGACCCCACUCGCUCUCCAGGCUUCAGGAAGCUCUGCGCAGCCCACGGGAGCCCGGCGCGACUUCGCGCCGGGCUCCCGUCGGCUGCACGGAGGUGCCUGCAUUCCGAAGCCUGGGACGCGCUGAAGAGCGCGCCCGGGCUUCGCGCACCUCUCCGCAAGCCUGGGGAGACCAGCGCGACUUCGCACCAGGCUUCCUAGGCUUGCGGAUAGCAGCCUGUUCUGGGGUCGGGGGAAGCUCGGGCUUCCCCCGCGCCAGCCCCGCGCCUGGGGGGGAAAUAAAUUUUUUUUUCUUUAUUUCCCCCCCCAAAAAAACCUAGGUGGGUCCUAUGGGGCGGUGCGCCCUAUGGGGCGAAAAAUACGGUAAUUCGUUCCAGAGGUCCGUACUUAACCUGAAGCUGUUCUUAACCUGAAGCACCACUUUAGCUAAUGGGGCCUCCUGCUGCUGCUGCUCCGCCGCCGGAACAAUUUCUGUUCUCAUCCUGAAGCAAAGUUCUUAACCUGAAGCACUAUUUCUGGGUUAGCGGAGUCUGUAACCUGAAGCGUAUGUAACCUGAAGCGUAUGUAACCCGAGGUACCACUGUACUAAAACCAGCUAAUAGACAGACAUGAUUUAGGUUCCUUCCUUUCAGUGGGUCUACUCUGAGUAUGACUAGCAUUGGCUGCAACCCUAUGGUUUUCUUUCCCCAAAAGGAAGUUGGAAAAUGCCCCUCUCCACAGUAUUCUGCAGGCGAAUCCUAAAAGGGCAACCAGAACCGCCUCUCCUAUUAGGAUACGUCAAAACAUUUGGUGUCCUGCAACGGCCAUGACACCCAGAGCUCCUUAUUUCUCCCAAAGAAUCCUGGGGAUGUAAUUUAUUAAGCGGGUGGGAAUUGUAGCUCUGGGAAUUGCAGAAUAUUCAGGGUUCUGCGACGAGGAAGUGCAAGGUGAGAGGAGAUAACCUUCUUCCCUUAACGGAAGACCAUUUGGGUAUUUUGUUUUUAGUGUGUUGUGUGUUUUGCCUUUCCAGCAUUUUCGUGGGCGAAAGAACCGUUGCUACAGCUUGGCCGUCCGCGCCGUCCAGAGGGCUUUCAUGUACGCCACGAAGGCCAGACAGCGGAAAAAGAAGGACAUGAGAAUGGUAAAGAUGGCGGCUAGAAACGCCGCUCCGUUUGUGAGGUUUGCGCGUUCCCGUAACUCAGCGAAAUUUGCGCAGGCCCGAUUAAGGGGUGGUUUGCUUGCUGUGUUCACUCUCUCUCUAUGGGUGAGAAACUAUAGCACAGUCCUUCAUUGGAGGCUGGUCCAUUAGAGCUGCCCCAUCAGUCUCGGUUUGCCUUCCAGCAGAACCUGCCUACCUGCCUCCUUACUCACCACCACUCACCUAGAUAAUAAUAAUAAUAUAAUAAUAAUAAUUUUAAAAAGUUAUUUAUAUCCCGCCCUCCCCAGCCAAAGCUGGGCUCAGAGCGGCUAACAACAAUAAAAAUAGCACAGUUUACAUAAAAUCACAAUCAAUUAAUUAAAAUACAUUCUAAAAUCAAUUCAGAAUCAAAUUAAUGGCAACUGUUGGGCUAGGUGGGCCUGUGUCUCAUCCACCUCCAUUUCAGUGUUGCCUUUGUAGAUUUCAGCAGGGCGGCUGGAGAUGAAACCAGAAAAGAGUUGGCUCCCUCCAUUCUCAUCUCCGUCUGUGCCUGCCCUUGGCUCUGGCGCCACCUACUGUCGGCCUCCUGGCCUUCUCACCUACCAGUCCAAAUCAGUAGCAGCCUCUUUGAGAGGUGUGGAGGGGGGCAACACAAAAACGGGCCUUCUCUGCAGUGGAAUGCUCUCCCCAGGGAAGUUCGCCUGGCGCCUUCAUUAUACACUUUUAGGUGCCAGGCAAAGACGUUCCUUUUUAACCAGACCUUUGGUUGAUCUGAUUGACAUCCUGUUAAAAUGUGGCUCCUUUUGGGGGGGGGGGUUAUUGGGUUGUUGUUUUUAUUUUGAUUAUAUAUUGUGGUUUUUAUGUUGAUCUUUUCUGUGAACUGCCCUGAGACCUCUGGGUAUAGGGCGGUAUAGAAAUUCAGUGAAUAAUAAUUGCAUUUAUUGAAAGAAAUGCAAAAUGUAUACUUUGACGGAACAGGUUUCUUUUUUACUUAAUUGAAGGUGUUUUUAAAAGACUGGUCAGCCCUGGGUGCCAAAUGUGGCCCUCUGUACCUCUAUCUGGCCCUCGGAACGCUUCCCAAGCCACACCCCCUUUCCCCAGAACACGCCCCUCACUUGUCCUACUUUUUACCCCCCUUGAGUGCUUUUGGCCAACUGGGAUGUGUCCUUAAACCCUGAUAAUGUUUCUUGUUUGAUUGGAUGGAUGGAGGGGUGUAUGUAGUCUGCCACAUGGAAGUAAAAAUUACAUUUGAUGCCCCGCCCCCUUUUGGCUCUGGUCCCACCCACCACUGGCAUGUGGUCCCUGGACGGUUUUCCAGAAGGGUAUGCGGCCCAUCAGGCUGGAAAAAGUCCCCCCCCACAUCCGCAUUAGAUCAGCCCAGAGAAACAUGGCUGCCUUAGUAAACGUAUCUCUGAACGCUCCCGUUUCUGCUUUCAGCUUUGGCAAACCAGGAUCGAAGCAGCAUCGCUUGAGCAUGGUCUGAAGUACCACGUUUUCCGUGGCGGUCUCUCCCAGGUAAGUGGCUUUACCUCACCCCUUCCUUAGCAUACAGCCUGCUUCUGUAAUAGCCCUUUUGGACCACCACCACCUCCCUUGAUGAGCCCAAAAGCCACAAAUGACAGUUGAGCAAAGGGCUUGAUCAUGGGUAGGCAAACUAAGGCUCGGGGGCUGGAUCUGGCCCAAUCGCCUUCUAAAUCCGGCCCGCAGACGGCCUGGGAAUCAGCGUGCUUUUACAUGAGUAGAAUGUGUGCUUUUAUUUAAAAUGCACCUCUGGGCUAUUUGUGGGGCGUAGGAAUUCGUUCAUUUUUUCCUCCAAAAAUAGUCCAGCCCCCCCACAAGGCUGAGGGACAGUGGACCGGCCCCCUACUGAAAAAGUUUGCUGACCCCUGGGCUUGAUAAACAGCAAGCCGGAGCUGCAAAAAUGAAAAUGGCGUUGUGCAAAAAUGCAUGAGUUGCUAGGCACCUAUUGGGCCAUAACAGGCUGCGUUUAAUUUGCUAUCUGCAAGUUCUGUGUGUUUCCCUCUCUCCUUUCCCCACAACCUUUUUUAAUAAAAUAAAAUUUGCUUUUUAGUUUCCCACACUUUGGGAAACAUAGGAAGCUGCCUUAUAUUGAGUCAGAUCAUAGGCCCAUCUAAGUCAGUAAUGUCUACACGGACUGGCAGCACCUCUGCAGGGUUUCAGACAGGGAGCCUCUUCCUUCCUUACCUGGAGAUGCCUGGAAUUGAACCCGGGACCUUGUGCCUACAAAGCAGAUGUUGUACUAUUGCCUCAGGCUCUUUCUGCUACUCACACCGGGUUCCAGCUAGGCUGAGUGCUGGAUAAUGGCUGGAGUGUUGGCCUAAGACCCAGGAGACCAUGGUUCAAACCUCCACACGGCCAUGAUGCUCUCUGGGUGACCUUGAGCCAGUCACCGUUCACAGCCUACCUCACUGGGGUGUUGUUGAGGGUAAGAGGGAAAGAACCAUGUUGUCAGAAAGGAGUGUGGAUGCUUGCGAAGAUAACAGCCUGUCUUUUCAGGUUUUAUUGAGUGCAAAACUUAUAUACAGUGCAGAAGUUUCAAAACCAUGUCUGCCUCAAUCGCUAGCAGAAUCCGGAAGUGCCUUCUUCCUAUUUCCCCUCCAGCACAGAAAACAGGGAAAACCCCCUCUCCGCCUUUUUUCCUUGCGUGGGAGAUCUUAUGGUUCUGAGAGAUCUGGCUCCCAGUACGUUUCCGAGCACAAUUCAAAGUGUUGGUGCUGACCUUUAAAGCUCUAAAUGGCCUCGGUUCUGUAUACCUGAAGGAGCGUCUCCACCUCCAUUGUUCUGCCCGGACACUGAGAUCCAGUGCCGAGGGCCUUCUGGCAGUUCCCUCAUUGCGAGAAGUGAGGUUACAGGGAACCAGACAGAGGGCCUUCUCGGUAGUGGCGCCCGCCCUGUGGAACACCCUCCCUUCAGAUGUGAAGGAAAUAAGCAGCUAUCCUAUCUUUAAAAGACAUCUGAAGGCAGCCCUGUUCAGGGAAGUUUUUAAUAUUUAACGCUGUACUGUUUUUAACACUUGAUUGGGAGCCGCCCAGAGUGGCUGGGGAAACUCAGCCAGAUGGGCAGGGUAUAAAUAAUAAAUUAUUAUUAUUAUUAUUAUUAUGCGACGGAAGCUGCACAUUCCCUUCCCUGGUAGCAAAUUUUUGGCUCCCCUUUCUCUCGUCUUCCGUGUCUCCUGGAAACUCCCCCUCCCCAGACUCUGACAAAGUGCAGCUGCUCAACAGAGGAGGAGGCUCUCUGUAUGUUCCUGUCUCUCCCCCCUCCCCUGCAAACAGAUCCCUGACACAUGUAUUGUCAACUUGAGCUCCUUGGAGGAACUGUGGUAUAAACCCGUAUCAACAGCUUCCUGCCGUACUUUAUCUACUUCCAGAAAGGUUGAGUUGCCUCUUAAGUUUCCCUUCUCUUCUUUUUUUCCAUAUUUCAGUGUCAAGUGGAACUGAACCGGAAAACGCUGGCCGACCUGGCGAUCUACGAGCCGAAGACGUUCAAGUCCUUAGCCUCUUUAGCCAAGAGGAGAGGACAAGAAGGCCUUCUUGCCGCCCGGGGAGGUGGAAAGGAACCCGAAGGGAUAUUUUCACGCAUUGUGAGAUGUACAUGAAGCAGGGGAUUGCUGCUGGCUUGUAGAGUUGUGCUAGUAUUAAAACAGGAAUAUUUAUACUAAAAAAUAUAUUCUGUCUCAAUCUGUGAUCCAAAAUUAGUUCUUUCCAAACCCUCAUAAUCAACCCAGUUUGAUUUGUGAUUUGUUGAGGCGACAGAGAUUCUCUUCAUUGCGUUUUAAGGUGUAUGGAUUAUAACCCGGUCUGCAGAAGUCAUUUGUGUGUUUGUGUAUGAAGAACCUGUGCCUGGCAAUUAAUUUUUUAAUUCUUGCCUUGGUUUUCAACUGGGCAAAAGGCUAAUGGAGUGUGAGGCUCUGCCCACUGACAGUUCAGUAAGUAGGAAGCUGCCUUAUACUGAAUCCGAUGAUUGGUCAGUGUAGUUCAGUGUUGUCUGCACUGACUGGCAGCAGCCCUCCAGGGUUUCGGACAGGAGUUUCUCCCCAUCUUGUCUGUCAAUGCUGGAGAUUGAACCUGGGACCUUGUGCAUGGAAGGCAGAUGAUCUACCUGCUACUUGAUCUUGGGAGCCAUCGUGCAAAAUUCAUUACCAUAUCUUAAGAGGUGUCUAACAACUUUCCAAAAUAUCUAUAGCAGAUACAGCUCCUCAACUUAUUUCUGAGCAUAUGCAGAAUGUAUACAGGUGUGAAUAUGCAACUGUGGUAUUUUUAAACAGAUACACUGGGCCUUGGUGAUUUAUGAGCACAGCACCUUUCCUUUUUAAAAAUCUUUUAAAAUAAAGGGUUUAAAAUAAACCCAUCUGAAGACAUAUUGCUUCUUUGCAUUAAAAAUAAAUAAAUCUAGUAUUUUAUGAGAAACAUUAAACAAUGAGCAGAUUCUGCUAUGACCUGACCUGCUUUUUUAUUCAGAAGUAGGUCCUUCUGAGUUCAGUAGGACUUAUUCUCAACAAAGUUUGUAUAACUUUGUCGUCCCCUAGUAUUGAAGGGGCCAUGAGACUCCGUCAUAAAUGUGCACAGUGCCUUGCUCUGGAGUGUCACAAUCUUCAUAAGCAAUAUACAAACAAAACCUCUAACAAUUUCUGUGCAGCAAAAACAAGAGACUUGUGGCCCCUUAAAAACUGGUUUUAUGGUGUAAGCUUCCGUGGUCCACGGUCCUCUGAUUUCCCUGCCUCACAUGAAAAGAUUGACAUAAAUUAAUCAAAGUUCUUAAUUUUCUUUGGUAGCUAGACUGGGGUCUGAGUUUCUACCUGGGGCAGUCAAAUUCUUGCCAGUGCGGGGGAUGUAAAAAUGUUGCAGAAAAUUGAUUUUUGUUUUGAAGUUUACCCAAUGAAUAUUGAAUUUACUGCUCUUUAACGCACAAGCUGAUAAAGGUGUACUUCGCAUAAGCCCCACUGCAUUAGUGAAAAGGGCUUUAAAGGUAAAUUGCUUCGAUCCAUGAUACCUUUAUCUGAUUGUAUACCGACCUGUCCUCCAACUGUCUACUGUCCUGCCUGGGACUGAGACAUGAUUAAGAUAGGCAUGGGUCUUACUUUAUGUAGGACAUUCCUCUAUUUGAAGGUUUGUCCGGCUGAAGAAAUAAAGAGUAAAGGGGUUCAAGGAAGGUGGACUUCAAAGUUGCCUGUCAGCAAUUAAUUAACACAGAUGAGCAGGGCAUGGUCUUCUAACACUAUGGUGAGAUACUGUUCCUUGCGUUCUUAAAUUCCAUCCUGUUUUCUAAAUUUGCAUCUAUACAUAUAAAUUAGCUAGUGCUAAUUUUAUGCAGAUCUGCUCUAUUUUUUUGGGGGGGAGAUACAUUUCCUCUUUAGAGUGACCUCUCAUUCAUCACUUUGCUACAUGCAUGAAUCUUUUCCGCCUUACGCAUGAAAUCCAUCUGACAUCCUCUUACAACAGAUUGGUUAAAACUUUCCUGUUACACAAAAUCCGAAUGUUGCUUGUAUCUGACAAGACUGUUUCUAAUCUUAAGGUGUUUGAUUUCUUUUCUGGGGUUGUUUUAAUUGAUUUCUUUUAUGGGAUUGUUUUAAUUGCUGUUUUAAGCUGCUUUAGGGAUUGCAUAUGCAUUGGGGAAGGGCAUGUGUGUGUGCAUCUACAUUUUCAAAAUAAAUAAAUGACAGAAAUACACAAUCUACUGUUGUAAGAAUUUUAAGGUCUUAUAUAUAUAUAUAUAUAUAUAUAUAUAUAUAUAUAUAUAUAUAUAUAAAAUAGAUGUUCAUAAAUGUGCCAAGCAAACACAUACAAAUAUGAAGCCACCUGUCUGAAAAUCAAAGUAAAGUCCUGAAACCAUUUUCUCUCUCCCAAAAUGACCUCAAAUAUGUCUCUGCAAGAUCAAAGGAAAUGGAAAAAAAAAACACCAUUGUCUCUGUGCUCACAAAUCCUUCCUUAAGGGCACAUUUAAAGUGUGAAUAGGGUGAGCCUGUGAACUGUGACCUGGAUUCAGGAAUUAAGUAGUUAUAAUAACAAAAGAGUGGCCAAAACCCAGAUAAUGCAAUCAGGUAACCUGCCAGACCCCCUGUGGUGUAUGUAUGAUGCAUUGGGGGAGGUGGUCCUGGGAUACACUCUCCUGUGAUGUAUGUAUGAUGUUUCUGGGAGUGGUCUGGACUUUGAGAGUGGGCAAUUUAAAAAGUCAGUAUGAGGGCAGGCACACCUUUGUUUUGGGUUUCUCCUCUUUCCUGCUUGUGGUGAGCGAGGACCCUGUUGCAACAGUUUAAUAAAAAUCAGGCUUACUAGCUGCUUUGCUUCUCAGUAUUCUCUGGUUGGUCUGUUAUUUUCUCCUACUGAAAGAGAACCUACAAAAGGACUCUAUAUUGGCUCUUGGGUACCCCAUAAGGGAAAAGGAGCAGGUUUUUUCUCAUAACACUACCCAGUGGAUAAGAAUGCAGCAAUCCUUACUCCCCUUGUCCUUGGAAGUAAUAUUUUUCCUAGAUUGAGUUCAAAGACAGGGGUGGGCAGACUUUGGUAAUAUGGCACCCUGAGCAAGGGCAAUAUUUGGCAUGCCCACUAAUUAUUUCUUAUUUUCACAAUAAUUCCUUCUGGUGCAGUUGUUUGUUUGUUUGUUUGUUUUAAAAAAAUCAUUUUUAUUUGAUUUUACAAAUAUAAAUUUAUAACAAAACCAAAUACAUUUCCAUAUACAAAGAUUUCUCUGAAUCUCAAGACCUCCCUCCAUCUCUGCAGGUCUUAAUGUUGGCAUUUUCA